AUGUUGUGUGCCCAGAUCCUGGUCCUGGCGGUGGCCACGGGGCCCUUCCAAGCCGGAGCUGCUCAUGAAGCCUGCAGGACAGCAGAGGUGGCCAAGGUGCUGUUCCUCGUGGGGCACUCGGAGGGAAGCGCGGGGAAGGAGAGCUCCCGGCUGCUCCAGGAUUUCAUCGGGAGCGUGGCCAGAUCCUUCCAGAGCGCGGGGAUGGGAAGAGGAGGAGUCCAGCUGGGCCUGGCUCUGUUUGGGGAGACACCAAGGAUGAGUGUGGAGCUCACGGAUUACGUGACCAUCAGAGAAAAGCUGGAAGCAGUUCAGGAUCUCUCCUUCAAAGGCAGCAGCCUCCAAACUGGCUCAGCCCUGGCUUUUGCAGCUGAGGCCUUGGCCCAACAGGACACCCUGAGACAGGAGGCAGCAGCAAAGGUGGUGGUUCUGAUCACGGAUGGGAAAUCCAGCGAUUCCGUGGAAGAGGGAGCCCGGAUCCUGCAGGAUGGGGGGGUGACAGUGUUUGCUGUGGGGAUUAAGGAUGCUGACAAGAAGGAGUUGGGCAGGAUUGCUUCAGAUCCCACUGCGGAGCACGUGCUUUACGUGGAAGAUUUCCAGCUGCUCCCAGAUGUGGCUCCCAAACUCUCUCGGCGGCUCUGCUUCACCGCCUCGGAGCCACCACGUCCCGUCAAGCAGAGGGUGCAAGCUGAGCAGAUCCUGGGCCCUCGGGAGCUGCGUGUCAGCGAGCCCAGCCACAGCUCCCUGAGGCUCUCGUGGGUGGCAGCCACGGGCAGGGUGACAGGGUACCAUGUCCAUGUCCACCCCUCGCUGCCACCGGGGCAGCCGGAGCACCAGCGGCAGGUGGAGGUGGAUGGGGACACAACCACCGUGCUGGUGACAGACCUGAAGCCCAGCACCAAAUACGUGCUGACGGUGAGGGCCAGCUACGGAGGGGCCCUCGGGGAGCCGGCAGCCACCAAAGGGAAAACAGCUCCUGUGCCUCCAGUCACCAAUUUCCGUGUGAUAGAAGAAGGACUUUUCAGCCUGAAGGUGGCUUGGACACCUCCCCUGGGCAAGCUGGAGGGCUACAAGAUCUACAUCCCCAGGGCCAACAAGCCCGGGGUGACCCUGGAGCAGAUCCUGCGGGGCGAUGUCUCUUCCCACCUGCUGGAAAACUUGCAGGAGGACAGGGAAUACAGCAUCAGCAUCUACGCCGUGUAUCCCGAGGGCCCGAGCCAGCCCGUGGCCGCUCUGGGCAGGACACUGAAGCUCCUGCCCGUGGAGAACCUCCUGCUGCAGAACGAGACCACGGACACGCUCCAGGCCAGGUGGAGCCCGGUCCGGGGAGCAACGGGAUACAGGCUCACCUGGACAUCAGCAGAGGGCAGCAUCCAGGACGUGACUCUCGGCAGCUCCUACAGCUUCUACAUGAUCCAGGGGCUGGAGCCGGGCGUGGAGCACACGGUGACCAUCAACCCCAUCUUUGGGGACAUCGAGGGACCGGUGGUGACCGGCAAAGCCACCACGGUGGCAUCCAGCACUGUCCAGGUGCUGAAAGUGAGCGAGAUUUCCACCAACAGCCUCCUGGUGUCCUGGGAUUCAGUCACGGGAGCCACCGGGUACCGGGUGGCCUGGGGACCGACACCAGAAUUCCUCAGCAAGGACCGUCCCCGUCACCUGUCCCUCGGCAGGUCGGUGACGCGCCACCAGCUCGGCAGCCUGGCCCCCGACACCGAGUACGUCAUUUCCCUGUCCGUGCUCUUCGGCUCCGGGCAGGGCCCCGGGGUCUCCACCUCGGCCAGGACAGCUCCUCUGGGAUCUGUCUCCAACUUCAAGGUGACGUCCCACACCAGCACCAGCCUGUCCUUGGCCUGGAGUGCCACAGCCGCAGCCACCAAAUUCAAACUCAGCUGGAGCCCCGUGGGAGCAGGAAAAGGAAAACAGGUGGCCAGGACGCGGUACCUGGGCGGCAGAGUGUUGGCUCAUCGCAUUGAGCACCUGGCGCCCAACACCCUGUACAGGGUCAGCGUCCGGGCUGUGUUCAGCAGGAGCGAGGGGCCCGAGGUGAUCCUGACUCACCUCACAGCUCCUUCUGGAGAUUCCAAUCCCAUCCCACCCAUCCAGGACCUGAGGGUUACUGAUGCUGGUGCCAACACUUUGAAGCUGGCUUGGAAAAAGCUUCCUGGGAUAAGGCACUACAAGAUAUCCUGGGAGCCAUCCAAUGGUGACUCGGAAUCCUCCCAGCUGGUCCCAGCAGAGGCCGUCUCCUUCACCAUUCCCAAACUGAAGGACAACACCACCUACGCCAUCUCCGUGUCCGCGGUGGGAGAGGGGCAGGAGGGAAACCCCACGGUGCUCAGGGCCACAACCUUGGAUCUGCCCAAAGUGACAGAAUUCACCCUGCAGGAGGCCACAGAUUCCAGCGUUCUGUUAUCCUGGAAUGCUGUUCCUGGAGCAUCCCUGUAUUUGCUGGCGUGGGGAUUGUCCUCAGCUCCUGCUCUUUCCCAGGAAUUCUUACCAGCAGCUUCCCGAUCCUAUCGAGUGACAGGGCUGAGCUCCAAGGAAAUUUAUUUGUUUUCCAUAAAACCAAUGUUUGGAGACUCGGAGGGACCAGAGACAACACUCCUUGGACAAACAGCAGGAGCUCCCAGGGAGGCACCAACUGCUCCAGCAGCUCCUGCACUGUUGGACAUGAGGAAAUCUCCAUCUGGAUCUCCCAGCAGUGUGGGGACCUCUCCUCUCCCAGUGCCCACCAGUACAAAACUCCCAGAGCCCCCAGUUUGGACCAGCACGGUGUCGGCGCCGCUGACAACCCUGCCUGGGCCAAUUUGUGGGAAGCUCAAGGCAGACGUUGGGUUCCUGGUGGAUGAAUCCUCGAGUAUCGGCCAGAGCAACUUCAACAAAGUGAAGGAUUUCCUCUUCCGGAUCGUCUCCUUUUUCCCCAAAAUUGGGCCUGAAGGGACACAGGUUGCUGUUGCUCAGUACAGCCAGGAGCCCAGGGCAGCUUUUCACUUCAACCGACACCGCAGCCGCAACGGAGCCCUGGGAGCCAUCAGGGGGCUGAGCUACCGCGGAGGCAGCACCAAAACAGGCCACGCCAUAUCCUACGUGCUGAAGGAAUUAUUCCAGCCCUCCAGAGGGAUGAGACCUGGCUUUCCUCACAUCCUGGUGCUCGUGACCGACGGACAAUCCCAGGAUGACGUGGUAUCCCCAGCCAGAGCAGCCCAUGCCUUGGGGCUCCGUGUCAUUGCUGUGGGGGUGUCAGGAGCUGACCCCAUGGAGCUCCACAGGAUCCUGCUGCAGCAGAACCCCCAGGACGUUUUCUACGUCAGCACCUUCCAUGACUUCCCCCAAAUCCUCCAGGAACUCCUAGAAGCCAUCUGUUCUGAUCCUCAGCUUCCAGGAGCCCAAAUCCCACUGGGAAAGGGCUCAGCUGCUCCCAGGGGUUUUGACCCCCACGCCACGAAGGGAGAGAAAGGGGAGCGGGGUCUCCCUGGGAAGGACGGCAUUCCUGGGCUGCCGGGCCGGCCGGGUCCUCCAGGCCCCCCCCCCUGUCCUGGUUUCCAGGGGCUCCCUGGCAGCCAAGGUGACCCUGGAUCUCCGGGCGAUCCAGGACCCGUGGGGCCGAAAGGAGACAGAGGAGAGCCAGGCUAUGUCCUGGGAGGAGUGGAGGUGAUUCCUGGCCGGAAUGGGCAGCCUGGCCCCCCUGGGCAGAAGGGGCAGCCAGGGGUUCCUGGGCUUCCAGGACCACCAGGUUCUCCAGGGCCACCAGGAAUCUCCAUCAAGGGUGAACCGGGGGAUCCGGGAAUCAGGGGUCCCCGUGGGAGGAGUGGCCUCAAAGGGGACAGAGGAGACGCGGGAGAGCCGGGAAAACCUGGUUUGCCAGGCCCUGUGGGGCUCCACGGGGCUCCUGGACUGCCUGGACCACGGGGAGAAAAGGGAAUGGCAGGAAUUGGCAUUCCUGGCACGGCUGGCACCAAGGGGGAGGAAGGAGAGCAGGGAAUGAUGGGACCUCCAGGAGCACCAGGACCAAAGGGAAUUCCAGGACCUCCAGGGCAGAAGGGAGACCAAAUUUCGGGACCUCCAGGCAAGAAAGGUGUCAGGGGAGAUCCUGGACCGGCUGGACCACGAGGAGACCGAGGAAUUCCGGGAGAAAAAGGGGAGAAGGGAAGUCCAGGAUUUGGAAUUCCCGGCCAGCCCGGGCUAAAGGGAGACAUCGGCGACAGGGGAAAUGUGGGAUUGUCUGGGAAGCCAGGUCAGAAGGGGGAGAGAGGUGAACCAGGAUUCCCUGGAAAACCAGGAGAGGCCGGGCUGAGAGGAAAAGAGGGAGAAGCUGGAGUCCCUGGAGAGCCGGGAGUGAGAGGGAUCAGGGGACCUCCUGGACUGCCAGGACCAGCUGGAGAGCAGGGAUGGAAAGGAGAUCCAGGAGAGCCUGGAAGGGAUGGACACCCAGGGAAGGACGGCCCGAGAGGUGAACGAGGCCCCCCAGGCCCGAAGGGGGAACCUGGCCCACCAGGAAGAGGAGUGGAAAUGAAGGACCUGGAGAGGCUUUUGGAAGCGUACGGGAUCAAGCUGGCGCUGCUGAGGGACCUCUCGGAGGCGAUCCUGCGGGACGGGCUGGACGGGCUCCUCUGGCACCGGGGCGGCUCCAGGACGAGCAGAACUUCCAUGGAAAACCUGGCGGCCGUGCCUGUCACCGACCCGCUGGGGUCCCACACUUCCCAACGUGUCCCGGCUGGCACCGAGGUGGCAGGAGAAGGACAGAGCCUGGAGCUGCUGGAGACUCCAGGGGUGCCGCUGCCUGGAGGAAUCCCUGAGAGCUUGGCUGUGCCCCCACCACAUCCAGGAGAUCUGCAGGAAAACCAUUCCCUGGAUCUCCUGCAGCCCUUGGAGGAGGGGCUGGAAGGACAAGCCCAGCAGGACACCAGCCAGGAAAAUGGGAAUUCCGACCACGGCUCCGCCAUCCCGAGGCACAGAUCCAGGAGAUCUCACCCCGUAAGGAUCCCAUUCCAGAGCCAUCCCCGUGAUCCAGAGGGAAGCAGGGCCCCUUCCCUGGAGGCUCCACCCCCAGCUCAUCCCCCUGGUGCUCCAGGAGCUCGGAAAUUCCCGUUGGGAUCCACGGUGAAAAUUUUUCCAGCUGUUCUCACACUUCCCUCUCCUCUUUUUGAAUCCAAGGCACAUCCGGGCCCUCAUCAUCCGAGGAGAAUUAAGGAGGAGGGCAGUGGCCCAGCAGAUCCCUCCUCCCCCAUCCCAAAGGGAGAAAUGGGAGCUCCUGGAUCCCGUGGAGACAAAGGAGAAAAGGGACAGCCUGGGGACGUGGGAGAGCCUGGAGAGAAGGGCACCAAAGGAGACCGAGGGGAAGAAGGUCAGAAGGGAGAACCAGGAAUUGGGUUCAGAGGUCCCAUUGGCCAGGCUGGAGCACCUGGAUUCAAGGGCGAGCCAGGGGCCCCGGGACCUCCAGGAGCUCAGGGCAUCCAAGGAAUCCGCGGCAACGCCGGCACUCCCGGAUCCCAGGGGGACAGAGGGGCUCCAGGCGUGCCCGGAAUUCCGGGACAGAAGGGAGAACGGGGGAGGAGAGGCCGGAGUGGAUCUCCUGGGCCCCUGGGACCGUCGGGAUCCCCAGGAAAAGAGGGAAUUCCUGGGACACCUGGACCCAAAGGUAACAAGGGAGAAGCCGGCGUUGGAAUCACAGGCCCGAGAGGUCCCCAUGGAUUCCCUGGCCCUCGGAAAUUCCUGAAGGGUUUCAGUGGGUGGUUUGUGGGUUUGGGAUUCCCUGUGUGCCUCACUCCUCGUCGCUCCCUGCCCCUCUGCGUCCCCCAGGGUGACGAGGGCAUCGUGGGAAUGCGGGGUCCCCCUGGAAUGAUGGGCCCAAAAGGCUUCCCGGGCGUGAAAGGCCAAAGAGGUGAUCGGGGACUUCUGGGACCAAAGGGAGAACGAGGUGAAUCCAUGACAAUUUUUGGACCCCAGGGCUACAAAGGCACCAAAGGAGAUCCCGGUGAGCAGGGGCUGCCAGGCUUUGAUGGAGACAAAGGCGAGAAGGGAGAGGACGGACCCGCAGGAGAAAAGGGAAUCAAAGGAGAGGCUGGAUCCAAGGGAAUGAUGGGACUUUUCGGGAGCAGAGGACCCGUGGGACAGAAGGGGGAGCCAGGAGAACCGAGCUCGCCGGGAUCUUCCGGUGCGGCAGGAUUGGAUGGGAAGAACGGGAUCAAGGGAGCCAAGGGUGACAGAGGCCUGCAGGGACAGAAGGGGAAGCCGGGAGGGAAAGGUGACCCUGGGACCACUGGAGACACCGGGCAGAAAGGGACAAAGGGCUUGCGGGGGCUUCCAGGCCGGAUCGGCGCUCCCGGAGCCAAAGGUGCCAAGGGAGAGGUUGGCAGUCCUGGAAAGCCGGGAAUUCCGGGAUCGAAUGGACAGCGUGGACCAAAGGGCCAGCCAGGAGCCUCGGGGAACGACGGCGCCUCGGGAAUUCCUGGGGAGAAAGGAGAAAAGGGAGCCAAGGGAGUUCCUGGACUGGGAGGAUUCAAGGGACAAGCGGGAUGGCCUGGGAAGCCUGGAGGGGCCGGAGCAGCUGGACCUCGAGGGCCACAGGGAGAGCCAGGCCCACAGGGUCCACCAGGGAAAAGAGGGAGAUCCCAGCUCUGCCUCCAGGGACCCCCGGGCACGGAUGGGCCAAAAGGAGAAGUGGGGGAAAAUGGUCCCGCCGGGCAGAAAGGAGCCAAGGGAGAGCCGGGCCUUUCCGAGGAAGAGGUGAAGGAAGUGCUGAGGAGCGAAAUGAGAGGGAUUUGUGGCUGUGGAGGUGAGUUGGGAAGGAUGUCCAUGGAAAAAGGUCUGGAGGUGGCUGAAGUCCACAGGCGGCUCCAAGGGUAUUCCCAGCCUCGGGAAUACGCCAGGAAUGGUGGAAAUUGGGAGGAAAAGCUUGGCACAACUCACGGCCAGGCCACGGUGAAGCUCUUCAUGGAGCCACCUCCACUCCUUGCAGCCCCGGCGCUGCAGACGGCGGGAGCCUCUCAGGGAGAAGCCGACAGCCAAUUACCAGCCCGGUGCCUGCAGCCCAUGGAUGAGGGCUCCUGCCAGCACCAUUCCCUGCUCUGGUACUUCCAUGUCCCCACCAACUCCUGCCGACCCUUCCUGUUCGGGGGCUGCCGAGGGAACAGCAACCGCUUCCCAUCCCGGCGGGAAUGCCAGCGCCGCUGCCAGAGCCCCCCAGGCAGAGGGAGAUGAGCAGCUCCAAGAGCUUCAGUUAAAUCCCAUGGGAUUGGGAGGAGUGGCUCCAACACCUCCAGGAUGGACAAGGAAAACAAGCACCAAGACUGUGGAAAAAAAGACGUCAGAAGAAAACUGGAAUUCUGGACAUUGUGGGAUGAGGAGAGGGAAAGCUCUGGAUGCUCAGGAAAAGGAGGAUGGGAAGGGCAGAAUUCCUGAGCCAAA